CGCCCGACUGCCCAAGUCGCAGCCUAAGCACAUAGCUCGUCCGUACAACAUCUUCGUCUUCAAUAGGCGAUCCAUCAUCCCACAAUGAAAACCCAAAUUUUCGUGAAUCCCACUAAUUAUUCGAACCCUCAAUUCUCGCCCUCGGUUUUUCGCUUUGAUUUUCCGCCAUUUUCUGGGGAAAGUCUAAACCUUCUUCGUUUGUCCCGAAGGAAAUGGCUUCAAAGUCCCCAACCCCACAGAAUUUGCUCUGUGAGAGCCUCUUGUGCUUCUGGCUCAGCGAGUUACGGCGGGUGGGACGAGUUGAGACUCGUUGGUGACUCGGAGAGCACUGGUGAGUCGGAUCAGUUUCGCGAUUUUCUUGUUUCUUUGAAAGCCGAUGAUGGAAAGCAUAUAUUCGUGUUUCUUUUGGGGCUUGUAUGUGCCCUGGCCAUUUCUAGGGUUAGGGUUUCUUCGAUUGUUGUGUUUCCAGCUUCAAUUUUGGUUUUUGCUAUCGGGUUCUCGUUUGGGUUUGUUCGUGGAGGAAAUUUCAGUGAGGUGGGUGUAAAUGGAGGUAAGAGAAGGGCAAAAGAAGAGAUUUCAUGGUUUUAUACUGAGAAAUUUAAGAACUUAGUGACUUUUUUUGAUGGGUUUGAUGUUAAGGUUAAUAAUUUAAAGAAUGAUAUAGCAAAAGCUAUUGAUAAUAAAGAAAUUACUCUAGGUGAUUUGGAAAAUUAUGUAAAUGAGAUGGAAUCAAUUAGUUUAUCAGCUUUGAAUGCAAGAAACCUUGCCGAGGCUUCUAUGGAUAAUGUGGGGAAAUCUAAUGUAGUGUUAGUGGAGAACCAGAGGCCAAGUAGAAGAAAGAAAGAGCUGGGUGAAAUUGGGUUUGAGUUGUUGCAAUCUGUUGGAAGUUUGUUUGGAGAGAAUUUGGUUGGUUCCAAGCCUAAUAAAGUGAAAGAUAACAUUAAGCGAGAAACUGUAGAGAGUGUAGUAAAUGAUCAAACUCGAGCAAAUGUUUCUACUUCUGCAGUUGAAGAGAGUAAUUUCAGUUCAGUUAUUGAUAGUAAAGGAACUGGGAAUUUGAGUGUGUCUCAAGAAUCAUCAAAUAAGUCUGCUUUUGAUGAGGAUGGAGGUAGACGGACAAUAAAUGAUUCACAAAAUGGGAAAAUGAGUUCAGGGGAGAUGCAUGGCAGUGGUAAAAGAUUUAUUGACGGAGAAGAGUAUAGUUACCGGAGUAACAGUUUGCGAUUUAUGAAUAACCAGAGUUUCUCUGUGAAGACGGGCCGUAAUAACAAAACUGAGAUGUGGGAAUCCCAUGAUAGACUGUUUAAUUCUGAGGAGUUUAGAGUGAGGAUGAAACAUAUGGGAACUGAAGCUUCCUUUGUACAAGAGCAGAUGCUCAAGAAAUCCAGUGGAGCUUACCAGACUUCUCUCAAUAGGGAGAAGAGCAACGAUAAGUCUUACAGUUUUCAAUUUAGAGAAGAGGAGACGAAUCAUGAAGAUGAUUCCCAUAUGGCUAAUGACCUGUCUUCACAUGAGAGUGAGGUUGGUUCCUCUUCAUCUCCGAAGGUUUCAGAUGAUGUGGUGUUUGAUAGGUAUCUUACAGAAGCUAAUGACCUUUUGAAACAAGCAAAGGAGUUGAUGAGGAGAAAACGUGACGUGGAGCGUGCUGAAAUCAUAUUGUACAGGUCUGCCAAGUUACUCUCCAAAGCCAUAGCUAUGAAGCCCAUGAGUUUGUUGGCUGUGGGCCAACUAGGCAACACCUAUCUUCUUCAUGGAGAAUUGAAAUUGAAGAUUAGUCGGGAGUUGAGAACUCUCCUUUCAGGAAGUGAGCCCUUAUCCAUUGAGAAAUGGAACGGAAUGCUCAAGGGAUUAGAUGCCCGCAUCACUAGUAAAGAUGAACUUGCAUCUGUCCUUGUUAAUGUGUGUGAAGAGUGCGAAGAACUUCUUCUGGAGGCAGGCAGAAAAUAUAGGCUGGCGUUAUCAAUUGAUGGGAGCGAUGUAAGGGCCCUAUACAAUUGGGGUAUUGCGCUCUCUUUCCGCGCCCAAUUAAUUGCGGAUAUUGGACCGGAAGCUGCUUUUGAGGCUGACGAAGUGUUCUUGGCUGCAAUUGAUAAAUUUGAUGCUAUGAUGUCCAAAGGCAAUACUUACGCACCUGAUGCUUUGUUCAAAUGGGGUGUGGCUUUGCAGCAAAGAUCUCGCUUACGGCCAAGUAACAGUAAAGAGAAGGUGAAGUUAUUGCAACAAGCCAAGAGGCUAUAUGAAGAUGCACUGCACAUGGACUCCAGCAAUCUCCAAGUAAGAGAAGCCCUAUCAAUUUGUGUGUCUGAGCUUAGUUUUAGGUACUUCUAGUCAGUUCAUAACAAAACAAUCAACUCAAAUUGCUCUGCAUCCAUCUUUGUUUAUACUAUUUUUUUUUCCCAAGUUUUGUCCCUUCUCCACCUUUGGAGUGCAAAAGGCAUAAUGGAUAGCCUCUUCCAUCCUUUCGUAAUAUUAAGAAUAACAUUGUUGUAAUAAUAAGAAAGAAAUCCUUUCAUCUCU